CAAGAAAACAGGGACGUGUUUUAGUGCUCCGAAACCAAACAAUGAUUGUAUUGUUUUUUUGCAACAUCUUUGGAUCAAAAUCAUACUGAAAUUUCAUUUUCUUUGUCUUGCAAUCUGUAUUUCUUCUCUGUGAGGAAUACACUCAAUCUAUUGCUUCCUCAGCAAAUCAGAGGCUUCCCCAAAUGCCGCGCACAGAGAAAGGAAAAGGGCAUCUUUUCUUAGCUUGAAGAAAUACGAUCCCCUUCUUGAAAACCAGUUAAGGGGAGGAAGUUUUGGGCUUGAAUUAUUGGAUUCCAUAGGACAUACUGAUUUUGAUUAUUGACUGCUGUGAAUUUGGCUAUGGGAGAUCAUUUUGUAUUAUUAGUGGAUAGAUUGAUAACUGAAUCCACAAUCGAAGCUGCAAUUGAGAGCAGGAACCGGGCUUUGCAAGCCACUACAUCAGCAUAUGCUCAUCGCAGCUGUGUACAGAGAUGGUGCAAUGAGAAGGGUAACACUAUCUGUGAGAUAUGCCAUCAGCAAUUCAAGCCAGGGUACACAGCACCACCUCCUUUGUUCCAACUUCCGAUGAACUUCAGGAGAAACUGGGAAAUUUCCAGAAGGGGGUUAAAUAAUCCUCGUUUUAUAGCAAUGGUUUCUACUGAACGCAAUUUCAUUGAUCCUGGUUAUGAUGAAUACUCAGUUCCAACCACUCGAAGUGUGAUGUGCUGCCGUACAGUUGUGCUAAUUUUCAUGGUCCUGCUGGUUUUACGACAAACUAUUCCUUUGAUACUUAGUGGAACAAAUGAUUACUCAUUCCCGUUAUUUAUGUUGUUACUUCUGAGAACUUUUGGGGUUGUCCUACCAAUCUAUGUCAUAGUCAGAGCUGUAACUGCCUUUCAGCACCGCCGGCACCACCAGGUAACUCCAUCUUCAUCUACUGAAUUGGAUGAAGAGGCCGAGGAAGCUACUCCGCAACCUCAGCCUCAGCCUCAUGUUAUUAAUGUCGAUGCCCCCUGAAUAAGACCUAAGUUUGAAGCAGAAUAAGAAUUUGGUCUUGCUUCUGACCAGGAUGAUUUGGCCAUCUUCAUGUCUCCAGUCUCAUGUUUCCAAGGUAAUGAAGAUUGAUUCUAGCUAUCAACAGAAAAAUUGGAAGAUGACGCUCACAGCUGCAGUGGUUGGGGAAGCGAUUAGUAUUAGCUUUGCAUUUUCUCCUUCAAAAUCAAGAUUGAAACUUGAGAUUUGAAAAAUUAUCUAAUAUGCCUGUUGUUUUGCAUAUAUCCUCCUAAAUGUACAGUGUGAAAAGAAACAACGUAAAUAAAUAGAAAUGUAUUCA